GCUAAGAACCCAAUGUAGACCGAGCUUUAAGCAUGCGUUCUGCGACACGUGGUUUGUCGGCGAGAUGUCUCCCACCCUCCAUCACAUAUUAAAUUUUUCGAUAUUUAAACCCGAAAAGGAAGAGUAAUUUAGCCUGUGAGAUAGAGGGUGACGUAACAUCGAGGCAAUUUUCAUCAUGGCAGCUUAAACGUAAAUACAAGUAGAAGACCAACCAGCUGGAGUAAAACAUCCAGAGUUAAUUAAAGUAUAUGAAUGUUGUUUUUAGACGGUCUAUUUUAUUUUCGCGACUAAGUAAAUCAUUCCGUUUUAGUAGUACUUCCAGUAUGGUUGAUCGUGUUAAAUUAUUUCAAACUAUUGGUCUGACCAAACAAAAGUCUGAAGAAACAGUAAAAAAUAAAGCAUUGAGCACUAAACUGGAAUCUAUUGUGCUACAAGCAGGUGACUCAAUCGACAAGCCUGUGGGCACAUUAUUGUACAGCUUGGCUGGUAGUAAUCUAGAUGAUACUGCAAAUAUAAAACUAGUUGUUAAGUAUGUGGUCAACCGGAAAAUCAAUGCAGUCAAUCAAUUAAAUGCUGCCAUUGAUUUCCUUAAAAGCAACUCAUUCAAUGAAAAAUUAUUCGAAGAUUCAUGUGGUAUUGAUGUUUCAUACACACCAGACCAGAUUGAGGAUUGCGUGGAAAGUGUUUUGAAGAAACACAUGAGCGAGCUUAAAGAAAAAAGAUAUCAUUUUAAUAUAGGAACUCUCCUAGGAGAAGUGUCUAAGCAACUGAAAUGGGUCGAUAUGAAGAAAGUGAAAUCUGAAAUUGAUAUGCAGUUGUUGGAUGUCCUUGGUCCAAAAACAGAGGAAGACAAAAAGCCCAUAAAUAAAAAGGCAGGUAAAAAAAAUACUGAAAAGAAAACAGAUGCCUCAAAUAAAACUAACGAACAACAAGCACCAGUUGAUCUUCCCACCAUCAUGAAAAUAAUUGACCCAAAAAGUAUGUAUCUGUCUGGUGAAGCCACUAAAUUUCACAAACCAGGAGAAAAUCACCUCACUGAUGGCUAUCAGACAACACCAAAAACUAUGGAGUUACUCAAGAGUCAUUUAGAUGAAUACAAAGAUCAAGUUCGGACACGUUUCCCACCCGAACCAAAUGGAAUUCUUCAUAUCGGACAUGCUAAAGCUAUCAAUUUCAACUUUGGUUAUGCAAAAGCUUAUGAUGGCAUAACCUUUUUACGCUACGAUGACACGAAUCCUGAAAAAGAAGAAGAAAAAUUUUUUACAGCCAUCUUAGACAUGGUGAAGUGGUUAGGUUUCGAACCGUAUAAAAUAACACAUGCAUCGGACUACUUUAAUGAGUUAUAUAAUUACGCAGUGGAAUUAAUUAAAAGAGGAAAUGCUUAUAUAUGUCAUCAACAGUAUGAGGAGAUCAAAGGUCACAAUCCACCAGAAAGUCCUUGGAGAAACCGCCCUAUAGAAGAGUCAUUACAGCUGUUCGAAGAUAUGAAGAGGGGAAAGUUAGAUGAAGGGGAAGCCACUUUACGUAUGAAGACAGUGAUGGAAGAUGGAAAGAUGGAUCCUGUGGCAUAUAGAAUCAAAUUUACGCCUCAUCAUCGAACUGGAGAUAAAUGGUGUAUCUACCCUACGUAUGAUUUUACUCAUUGUUUGAACGACUCAUUAGAACAUAUCACUCACUCGCUAUGCACAAAAGAAUUCCAAGCGAGACGUUCUUCUUAUUACUGGCUGUGUAACGCUCUCGAUGUGUACUGUCCAGUACAGUGGGAGUACAGUCGCCUCAACUUAAACUACACCGUGGUGUCGAAACGUAAGAUAGCAAAACUUAUUACCAAUAAAGUGGUGGCUGAUUGGGAUGACCCUCGCUUGUUCACACUUACUGCUCUGCGGAGAAGAGGUGUUCCACCAGAAGCUAUAAAUUUGUUUUGUGCUAAGAUUGGUGUAACAAUGUCUCAAACGACACUUGACCCGUCAAUGUUGGAUUCAUGCAUUAGAGAUGUUCUUAACGUUACAGCACACAGAGCAAUGGCUGUGUUGGAUCCAUUAAAAAUCGUCAUUACCAACUUUGAUAAGUCAGACGUAGAAAUCGAAGUUCCAAACAUCCCAACCGAUAAAAUAGCUGGAACACAUACAGUACCGUUCGGAAAAAUUAUUUACAUUGAAAAGUCUGACUUUAGAGAGAAAAGAGACAAAGAUUACAAAAGACUAGCUUGUGAUCAAACAGUCGGGUUGAGACAUGCUGGCAAAGUUAUCACAGUUAAAGAUGUUAUUAAGGACGGAGAUGAUAUAGUGGAAGUUCAUGUGACAUGUGAGAACAGUAGCAAAGAAAACAAACCAAAAGCUUUUAUUCAUUGGGUGUGCAAUCCUAUUGAGUGUGAAGUCAGAAUGUAUAACAGGCUAUUUAAUCAUCCGAAUCCGGAAGAUGCAAAAGAAGUUCCAGGUGGUUUCCUCACCGACGUUAAUCAGAAUUCUUUGACAGUCAUCAAGAGCGCCUAUGUGGACUUGUCAGUGAAAGGUGCUGAUGUGUUGUCGAGAUAUCAAUUCGAAAGAACUGGGUUCUUUGCUGUGGACAAAGACAGCACGUCUGAAAAGAUGGUGUUUAAUCAGACUGUAGCCUUAAAAGAAGAUGUUGCGAAGAACUAGAUGUUCUCAAAUAAAAUAUAAAUAAAGAAAAGAAAAACUGAAUUUUUAGUGUAGAAUUAGAACAUUGUGACAACUUACAAUGAAACGACUUUUUUUUCGAACCAUUAUUGUAUCAAGGAUCUAUUUCUCUUUUCCAUUCAUGGGAAAAGCUUAUUUUUGCGAACAAGAAAAUUAGUGUGUGCGUUA